AUGGACCCGCGUUCGUGGUUCAGCAGCCUGACGGGCUACUUUGUCUACAUCCUGUCUAUUGCGACUCUCGGCCCGCUCCUCUUCGGCUUUCACCUGUCUGAGCUGAACGCGCCCGAAGAUGUCAUCCGCUGUAAACGCAAGUCUAUCACGUCGGCCGUCGCUGGCCCGAACCUCCCGCAAUGUAUCGAGAUGAGCCCAACCGAAUGGGGCGUCGUGGGGUCGCUGUACACAAUGGGAGGUCUGGUAGGAGCGCUCUCAGCAGGGCCAGUGGCAGGCAAAUACGGCCGCCUCAGGUCUAUGCAGCUAUUUUCGAUCUUCUUCGCCGUGGGCCCGAUCUUCGAGGCGCUGAGUCCAAACAUUGGAGUCAUGGCGUUUGGACGGCUGUUGUCAGGAGUCGGUGCAGGCGCGGCCGUCGUCAUUGUGCCCCUCUACAUCUCUGAGAUUGCACCGCCGGGCGAGAAGGGCUUCUUCGGUGCCUUUACACAGAUCGGGUGCAACGUGGGCAUCCUGAUCACGCAGUUGCUGGGCUACUUCUUGAGCCACGACUCUUACUGGAGGCUCAUCUUGGCCAUUGGAGGUGUCAUCGGUGCUGUACAAGGCGCCGGACUGCUGCUGUCGGUCGAGAGCCCAAAGUACAUCGCAGAGCAGGGUAAUGUCUCGCUCGCGAAGAAGACUUUGCGCAAGAUCAGAGGAGAACAUGCAGACAUUGAAGACGAGAUGAACGACUGGGGAGUCUCGGGCUCCGGCAAUGUCAGUGAGGAGGAGCAGACACUACUGAGCAACGAAGAUGGGUCGGCUGAGGCGAGGCCCAAGGAAUCCGGCAAAGAACAGACGCUGAGCAUCAUGCAAGUCUUCCGCCAUCCCGACUACCAAAAAGCCGCCAUUGCUGUCGUCAUGGUCAUGCUGGCGCAGCAGUUCAGCGGCAUCAACAGCAUCGUCAUGUACGGCGUGUCGCUCCUAGCAGGCUUGCUCGAGUCCAACUCUGCGCUGCUCAACCUUGCCGUCUCAGCGCUCAACAUCAUCGUCACCGCCGGCUGCGCGCCCCUUGCUGACAAACUGGGUCGCAAGGUCUGCCUGCUCAGCUCUCUUGCCAUCAUGGGCACGAGCUCGCUCCUACUUGCUAUUGGCAUCAUCAAGUCAAUCUCUGUCCUUUCCGCAGUUGCUGUCCUGCUGUUCGUAUCCGGCUUCGCUGUUGGUCUUGGCCCGGUGCCCUUCAUCCUAGCGAGCGAGCUGGUUGGCCCGGAUGCUGUCGAUGCAACACAAAGUAUUGCGCUCGGGGCCAACUGGAUCGCUACAUUCAUCGUGGCACAGUUCUUCCCGCUAGCAAGCGCAAAGCUGCACGGAUAUGUCUACUUUAUUUUCGCGGCACUGUCAGCGUUCUUCUUCGUUUUCAUCACGUGGUUUGUGCCCGAGACGAAAGGCAAGAAGAACGCAGACGAGGUUUGGGGUAGAGAGCGUCGGGUGGAUUGA